AUGAGGAAGAGAAAGCCAAGAGAAAGGCAAACGAGAAGUUUGGUCUAGGAAGAUCAAAACGAGUAAGGACUUCUUUCACUGACGAACAGGUGCAAAUUUUACAAGCGAACUUUGAAAUUGAUCCGAACCCGGAUGCAGCUGAGUUGGAACGAGUUUCGCAGCUCACCGGCCUAUCAAAAAGAGUGACGCAGGUUUGGUUCCAGAAUUCCAGGGCUCGGCAAAAGAAACAAGGUAAUUACGGAAGACUGGUUGCUUCCAGUCCAUCUGGGAACACUUGAAGAAUGGGUCGAUAUAUGGGGACGGGACAGUUGACGGUUUUAUUUGGAUCUAGACAAGUGCAUGGUAUUAAAUACGAUAUUUGCCUGUGCAGGACAGUUUAAGUUGCAAUUGCAGCAUGAGCAAUUCAUUCGAUGAAGGUAAUUUCAUCCAUUUCUGACUGUACAAAGACAUGAUUUUGCUAAGAACGUGUUGUGUAUUCCCACGUAGAUGGGUUGAAAACCCUUAGCUUCAAUUAACCGACUUGAUUUGUAAUUCGCGUUCCAAGAAGCGCUCGAUUAUUUAGACCAUGGAAUGUGCAUGUUUUUUCUAAUUGACGUUUUGUCAUACAAAGAUAUGCUAUGAUGGGUUUCUGCUUUGGAUCCGCUGGAAAUCAGUAGACUAGGUAUGGACAUUUACAGAGUCAAAACUCACACAAUGUUUAGAUGUCUAAGUACAAUAAAUUUUAUGUCAUAACUCUUUUCUUAGAAUAAAACAUACAUUGUAAUUAAGUUUGAUCUAAUGCAGGCGCUGCUUCAAGAAAAUUACUAGCUUAUUCUUGCUGCAUAUGAUACAUGAGAUGUACCCUCUCUUUCCCCUAACCCCCCGCCCCCAACCCAUCUCCCAGCCGACUCCCGCAAACGGCAAAGCAUUUGUCUUCAGGCAAUAUUUUCAUCGAAUUGCUGCCAUAUUUGCAGUGAUUACAAACCACUAAUUUUUAUGACUAUUUGUAUGUGAAUAAAGUCACCGUAUCCGAAAUCCAGUUUCCUUAUCAUUUACAAAACCUCAGUUUCCUGAUACAUUCCCGUACAAUUUCAUGUUUUCUUCAUGUUUAAUCCCAGAUGUGUGAACUCUAAUUUUUGAAACAAAGUUUAUACACCUCAUAUUUUAAGCUAGGAUAAAAAUUGUGUGCCGCAGACUCCGUGUCUGAUUUUGAGAUAAUUUAAGACGCCCCUUUAUCGAUCGCGAAAGAUCGUUAUCUGCAUAUGAAGCAACCUUCUGCAACGACUUUGAGGAACGCUUGAUAUGGAUUGCAGCUCAUCGUUGUAAUUUAUGAACCGCAAUUGUUAAAAAAGCAGAUAAAAUAACUAUCAUUAAAUGAGACAUUUAU